CCGGGUUGUGGUUAGUGGCGGCGAUGGCGGGGUUGUCCCGCACGCUCGGUAUCUUCGGCGGUUUCGUGGCUGUGGUGGGGGCGGCCUUUUACCCCAUCUACUUCCGGCCGCUGCUGCUGCCGGAGGAGUACAAGAAAGAACAGUCAAUAAACCGAGCUGGUAUUGUUCAAGAGGAUAUUCAGCCUGCAGGGUUAAAAGUGUGGUCUGAUCCAUUUGGAAGAAAAUAAUGUUGCCGGCUGGGUGUAUUGCAAGGCAAAACCGAACACGGACAUCUUCAGCUGUUUCUUCUUUCACUGAAGUGUGUCUUUGGGUGUCGCUGGAGAAGAAUUCUGAAUAUGCUGUGUGGCACGUGAGGAGCAACAAAUGCUACUGGUUGGAAUCCCAAGAGAUAAAAACAUGCUAGUUUUGACAGAGAAUGCUGGGGCAUAGUACACAGACUGUUAGAGAGCUGAAUAAUUCUUGAGUUUAGAAGUGAAGUAUUUAUUUCCUUGAGAAAAGGGAAGAGGAAUUAUUUUUGUGGUUAAUUUGUAAACAGUUGUAGAAUAAAUUAUGAAUAGAAUAAAUCACGCAGACCGCUGCAGUUUCAUCACUAGUGUGAGAAUUACUUUUUGUGGUUUUAUCAUGAAAAACACGAUAGAAGUAUAUACCGAGAGAGACCAGUGGUGAGUGUAAAUUUGUGCAUUAAAAUUUCUUCCUUUUAAACCAA